CUGCAUGGCAUAGAUAUAAUAUAAAUAGUAAACCUGUAUAGUAUGUAUCAUAUACACUUAUAGUACUAUUCUAUUCUAAGACGCAAGGAGUAUAUACAGUGUAAUAGAGGGGGCGCAGACUUUUGCACGGUGCACUGUAGAGCACGAGGAACCGCGCAUGCGCAGAUGAGGUGCCCUGCUUUUCCCUGUGCCGCUGCUGUAUUACAGGUGGAAACAAAACGGCAGUUAGCUGGAGCUAUUCGGGGGAGCGGAGGAUAUUAAGUUGCGUAGACGGACUUAGCUUAGAAGGACGGACACGCUGGGUGGAUAUAUAUUACGGAAUGCAAAAUGAGCGAAUAACAAUAACUAGCCGGAGCUGGUGUGGUUGAAGGAGAGUGUAGCUUAGCCAUAGCUAAUAAACACUUAGCGCGCUAGCCACGGUACAGCUCGGCUGCUGUGAGCCUUUAUUCUGGGGGUGAGCUCCUGCUCCUCCUGCUGUUAGAGCCAGAGCCAGAGCCUGUCCUGUCCUCAGCCAUGUUCGUGCAAGAAGAGAAGAUCUUCGCAGGGAACGUGUUGAAGAUCCACAUCUGUACCAUGGAGGGCACAGAGUGGCUGGAGGAAGUCACUGAAGACACCACUAUAGAGAAGCUGAAGGAGAAAUGCCUGAAACACUGCACUCAUGGGAGUCUAGAGGAUCCCAAAACCAUCACGCACCACAAACUCAUUCAUGCAGCUACAGAGAGGAUUCUUACUGAAACCAAAACCGUCGCAGACGAAAACCUUAAAGAUAAAGACUGCUUGUUAUUGAUAAAGAAGAGGGCACCACCACUGCAUCCCAAAAUGGCCGACAUAUCUGCAGAAGAGAAGAAGAAGCAGGAGAGCAAGGCUCCAGAUAAAGACGCUAUCCUCAAAGCCACAGCAAAUUUGUCCACUCGCCACUCCGACCGCACCGUCACGCAGCACAACAUCAGAGACUUCCAGACUGAACUGAGGAAAAUUCUGGUGUCGCUCAUUGAGGUAGCGCAGAAACUCCUCGCGUUGAAUCCAGAUGCUGUCGAGCUCUUCAAAAAGGCUAACGCCAUGUUGGAUGAGGAUGAUGAGGAGCGUGUGGAUGAAAAUGCCCUGCAGCAGCUGACCGAGAUGGGUUUCCCAGAGAGCCGUGCGGUCAAGGCACUGCGCCUAAACCACAUGUCUGUGACGCAGGCGAUGGAAUGGCUGAUCGAGCAUGUGGACGACCCCACAGUCGACAUGCCCCUGCCAGGCCAGGAAGCUCAAGGAGCAGCUGGAUCUGCAGCAGCUGCCUCUGCGUCUGCAGCAGCUGCUUCUGGGUCUGCAGCAGCUGCCUCUGGGUCUACAGCAGCUGCCUCUGGGUCUGCAGCAGCUGCCUCUGGGUCUCCAGCAGCUGCCUCUGCAUCUGCAGCGUCUGCAGCGUCUGCGUCUGCAGGUCCGUCUCCCUCGGGUCCAGCCCUUCAGGCAGUCACCUCCUCCCAGUCCAGCUCAGAGGAGGCCAAGCAGGACGAGCUGACAGAGAUCUUCAAGAGGAUCCGGAGGAAGCGAGAGUUCAGGCCGGACUCACGGGCAGUGAUCGCACUGAUGGAGAUGGGGUUUGAUGAGAAGGAAGUGAUCGACGCCCUCCGGGUCAAUAAUAAUCAACAGGACGCUGCUUGUGAAUGGUUGCUCGGUGACAGAAAGCCUUCACCUGAGGACCUCGAUAAGGGCAUCGACACUAAUAGCCCUCUGUUUCAAGCCAUACUGGAGAAUCCUGUGGUCCAGCUCGGCCUCACAAACCCUAAAACACUGCUGGUGCCUUGUAAGCUGACCCCGUUGUUGACCCUUUGCAACGUGACUGAUUUUGAUGAAGCGCAGUACUGAAAAGCAGGUGUCUCAGAAUCCACUGCUUGUUUGCCAGACAGGACGUUUACUGAUGUUGACUGCUGGUUGUUUUUAAUCCCGGCGUCGCAUUGCGUUUUUGGCUUGCAGCGUUUGAGGACAUGCUGGAGAAUCCUCUGAACAGCACACAGUGGAUGAAUGACCCUGAGACCGGCCCGGUCAUGCUCCAGAUAUCCAGAAUC